UGUGUUCGUCGACAAGUAUUGAAUAUUGGACUGUGAAUGUGACAGAAACUUUUGAAACAUUGAAGAGAGUCAGUCGAUCGCAGAUUAUACAUUUUCGUACGCCUGAACGUGGAAUUUAAAAUAUGAUGUCGUGGCUAAAGGAACGCAUUUUGAACUGGUUUCAAUUCCUGGCUUUAAGGAUCAUUAAGGCCGGCGAAGUGCCUAAACACGUGGCGUUUAUCAUGGAUGGUAAUAGACGUUAUAUAAAGAAACAGGGGGGGAAAGAACGGAGACACGUAAAAGGGUGCGACAAACUGUUUGAGAUGACAAACCACUGCAAGAAUUUGGGUAUUACAGAAAUCACAUUUUAUACGUUUAGUAUAGAGAACUUUAAACGUAGCAAAGAAGAAGUUGAUGAACUCAUGGAUUUUUUAAAGCAGAAGUUUAAGUAUUACAUAGAAGAGAAAGAAGAAUUGAUGAACGACGGAAUAUGCAUUCGCGUGAUUGGCAAUUUGUCCCUAGUGCCAGAAGACCUAUAUAAAGUAAUUGCUGAAAUUAUGAUUAUUACUAGGGAAAAUAAUGAAAUAGUUUAUAAUUUUGCUUUGGCUUAUACAUGUAAGUAUAAUUACAAUGAACCAUAUUUAUGUUUACACUUGAUUUUAUAUAUUACACUAAGGUUGCGUUCAGGGAGUGUGCUAUCAGCGUUAUUGCAUCAUCCUGUUUUAUGUCAUCCUCUUGUUUUAUGUCCCAUAAACAAUUAAGAUAAAAUCAUGCAAUAAUGCUAACAGUAUGCUCCCAGAACACAGCUGAAAACGAUUUGAAAAAAUUAUUGAUAUAA